AUGAAACUCGGCACCAAAGCAGAUGCAAAUCGCGAUGCCGAGCCUCCUCUCAUCACCCGCUCCAUGCCCCGGGAUACGAGUGUCUUUUGGCUGGCUUGGUCGUGGCGCUUCUUAGUUGAUCCUCUCUGUGUGUCCAUCAUCCAGGGCCUACGUCAGCGCCUCCGACAGCGCCUCCGAAAUAGUUCUGAGCUUCAGGCAUGCUUUGUCCGUCUCUCUCAUAAUGCGCUAUUGGGCUUUUCAUCAAACGACUACUCAUGCACGACCCAAUGCAAGGAAUAUGAUCAUCUCACAGCAUAG